CACUGUCGAUCGGGAUGGGGGCACCAGGCGGUACCCCAACCAGCAGAGUCCCACAAGGCUCAGUGUACUUUCCAGUGAAAAGAUUACGUAGCUGAGCAGCAAUGACGGACAACAAAGAUCAAGCAGCUCAGACUCAGACUCAAGCUACCCAAGAGGUCGGCUCCGGGGAUGGACAGCGCCACGAUGAGGACCAGUAUCUGGAUCUGAUCCGCCGCAUCAUGGAGACGGGUGUGCGCCGCCCGGACCGCACCGGCACUGGCACACUGGCGCUGUUCGGCGCCCAGAUGCGCUUCUCGCUCCGUGACGGCCAGUUUCCGCUGCUGACCACCAAGCGGGUGUUCUGGCGCGGCGUGGCCGAGGAGCUGCUGUGGUUCAUCCGCGGCAGCACCGACGCUCGCGAGCUACAGAAGCGGGGCAUUCACAUCUGGGACGGAAACAGCAGCCGAGAGUUCCUCGACAAGAGCGGCUUCACCGAUAGGGAAGAGGGUGACCUGGGCCCCGUGUACGGCUUCCAGUGGCGCCACUGCGGCGCAGAGUACCGCGGCAUGGACGCCGACUACACGGGCCAGGGCGUCGACCAGCUAGCCAACCUCAUUCACGACAUCAAGACGAACCCGACCAGCCGCCGGCUGCUGAUGUGCGCCUGGAACGUGGUGGACGUGCCGAAGAUGGCGCUGCCGCCGUGCCACUGCCUGGUGCAGUUUUUCGUGGCUGAUGGCGAGCUGUCGUGCCAGCUGUACCAGCGCAGCUGCGACAUGGGCCUCGGCGUGCCGUUCAACAUCGCCAGCUACGCGUUGCUUACCUGCAUGAUAGCGCACGUCACCGGACUCAAGCCGGGCGAGUUUGUACACUCGACGGGGGACACUCACGUGUACCUGAACCACGUGGAGCCGCUGAAGGAGCAGCUUCAGCGCCAGCCGCGCCCCUUCCCGCGGCUGCGCAUCGCGCGAGCCGUACAGAACAUCGAGGACUUCACCAUGGACGACUUUGUGCUGGAGGGCUACGACCCGCACAAGAAGAUUCAUAUGGACAUGGCCGUCUGAGAAGGAUGGCCUCUUACUGACCGUGUGGUCCAAGGGCCUGACGGUCUGCUUUGGACCAGCGGCUUCCUCUGGACCACUGGUCCGCUCUGGACUCUGCGGUCUGCUCUGAACCAGCGGUGCGGAGCUGUGGCCAAGUGGUCCUCUUUGAACCGUCGCUCUGCUGUCUGACCAGUGGUCUUCCAUGGGUUUUGCUGUGGGCCGUACUGGCUCCAUACGACACCCACUGUGUGGGAUUUCACUAGCGUCGUGUCCGCUGUCUGGUGGCGGUCUGUGCCAAAAGUACUCUGAUCUGUGCCUUUGAGUACCGCGGUCUGUGCCAAGAUUCUCUGUCAUGUGCCUUAAAGCGCUGUGAGCGGAUGGAGCGGACUGGGUUUUUGGACGUGCCCCGGCUUCCUGUGAACCGUGUCGGCCGGCUGCGAGUCGGACCGUACCAAUUGUGUUCUGAACACAAACCUGAUGCAGUGGCAACCACUUCUCGCAGAGAAACGUGGGGCCAAGUGCGUAACAUUACAACCAAUCCAUUGUUCGUGUGGAAACGUGGGACCAAGUAACUACGUCACCCAUUGAUCAAAUCCAUUAUUCAUGUAGAGACGCGGACCAAGUGAGUCACUCAUCCAGAAACAUGGGACCAAACAAGUCACUCGUGGCUCAUACUCAUUGUUCAGUUGGAAACGUGGGACCAAGUGGAUCUCCCGUCGACCGAAUCGUCACCUUUGUGUUUCGUGUAGUUUAGUCUCGGCCUGUGGCUGUCGUUUCAGUGCGUUGUGCCAGUAUCCGGUGUGUUGGGUUUUGUCGCGACUCUGUGGGGAUCUCCCGGUACCGAUCCGGUACUACUUGAGGCAAAGGGUGCCAUGUACACGGGCUUGUUGGACGAGUACCGUACCUAGUACCGGUACGGCCGACCGGAGGCACUCUGCGGGGUCAGACUGCGGCGGCGCGCGGUCAGGGUCGCUACUCCGGGUCAUUGGCGCCAGGUGCCACCGAUGCUUUCCAAUUACCGUUUACACCGAUCUCUGGAUAUUUUAACCAGGCUUGCGAGGACAAUACACAGACGUUUGUAUGUU